AGUCGACUGCAGUCCUCUCCGCGGCGAAGCUCCCAGUCUCGGCCCUGCUGCUCGGAAGUUUAGAGAUGAGCUGUCGUACCUGAAGCCCGUGGGCCCAGGAGACGCGUUUGGUCGGACCCAGCGCUGGGAAGGCCCCUCCAGGAGGCACCUGUUUCCUGCCCUGCGACCAGGAGCCCCGCCGGGGAACUUCGCGGAGAAUGAACAGGGGGAUGCUGCCCGGGGAGCGCCUCGCCUGAGACCCCAGCAUGCGGGCCUCCCUGCAAGGGCCGGGCAGCUGGACCAGGUGAAAGCGGACUAUGCCCAGCUUCGUCACGCGCUCACCCUCGUGACCAGAGAACGCGAUUUGGCCCUGAGGCAGAAGCGCCAGCUGCAAGCCAAGCUGGAGAACUUAGAACAGGUCCUAAAGCACAUGCGCGAGGCUGCUGAGAGGCGGCAGCAGUUGGAGUUGGAGCAUGAGCAGGCCCUGGCUGUUCUCAACGCCAAGCAGCAGGAGAUCGACCUUCUGCAGAAGGCUCAGGUUGAAGCUAAGAAGGAGCAUGAAGGUGCCGUGCAGCUGCUAGAGUGCAAGGUGCGGGAGCUGGAGGAUAAGUGCCGGGCGCAGAGUGAGCAGUUCAGCCUGCUGUCUCGGGACCUCGAGAAGUUUCGGCAGCACGCGGGCAAGAUUGACCUGCUGGGCAGCACCUCCGUGGCCUCCUUGGACAUCCCCUUGUCCCCCAGCAAGCCUUUCCCGCAGUUCAUGAACGGACUGGCCCCCUCCAUCGGGUCAGGUCAGGACAGCUCCUUUGGAAACCACACUGCGAUUGGUGACUACAUCCGGCCCCUCUCACUCCCCGGUGACAAGCCGGAGCCUCUGGCCAUCAAGCCCACCUUUCUGUCCAGAUCUGGAGGCCCAAGAUGCAGAUUUGAGUCAGACAUGGACAAUGAACAGAAUGCCAACCCCCCCAAGCAGAGAUACUCGGGGAAGGUGCACCUGUGUGUUGCCCGCUACAGCUAUAACCCCUUCGAUGGCCCAAAUGAGAACCCCGAAGCUGAGCUGCCGCUCACGGCGGGGAGAUACCUCUAUGUCCACGGGGACAUGGACGAAGACGGCUUCUAUGAAGCAGGCGAACUCCUGGAUGGGCAGCGGGGUCUGGUGCCCUCCAACUUCGUGGACUUUGUCCAGGACAGCGAGGCCCGGUUAAGCGCACUGGGGACGGAACAAGGCCAGAAUUUUAUCAACCACUCCGGCCUCGGCCUGGAUGGGGAGAACAUUCUCGACUUGCACUCCCCCACGCGCCUGGACUCGGGCAUCACCGACAACGGUGUGGGGACGCUGGAUGUGAGUAUCGACGACAUCGGAGAAGACAUCGUGCCUUACCCGAGGAAAAUCACCCUCAUCAAGCAACUCGCCAAAAGUGUCAUUGUGGGCUGGGAGCCCCCGGCUGUGCCGCCGGGGUGGGGGACCCUGGGCGGCUACACUGUGCUGGUGGACCAGGAGCCGCGCCUCAGCCUCCCGCUGGCGGGCAGAACUAAGGCCCUGAUCGAGAAGCUGAAUGUGGCGGCCUGCACUCACCGCGUGUCCGUGCAGUGUGUGACCAGCCGGGGCAGCUCCGACCAGCUGCGGUGCACGCUGCUCGUGGGCAAGGAGGUGGUGGUGGCCCCCUCCCACCUGAGGGUGGACAACAUCACCCAGAUCUCCGCCCAGCUCUCCUGGCUGCCCACCAACAGCAACUACAGCCAUGUGAUCUUCCUCGACGAGCAGGAGCUGGACGUGGUCAAGGCCGCCAGGUACAAGUACCAGUUCUUUAACCUCAGGCCCAACACGGCCUACAAGGUCAAGGUCCUGGCCAGGCCCCACCAGAUGCCGUGGCAGCUGCCCCUGGAGCAGCGGGAAAGGAAGGAGGCCUUCGCGGAGUUCUCCACGCUGCCCGCAGGUCCCCCGGCUGCCCCCCAAGAUGUCACUGUCCAAGCUGGGGCCACCCCAGCAACCAUCUAUGUCUCCUGGAAGCCACCUGCCCUGACCACCACCGGGCUCUCCAACGGGGCCAACGUUACGGGCUACGGCGUGUAUGCAAAAGGGCAGAGGGUGGCUGAGGUCAUCGCCCCCAUGGCAGAUGGCACAGCCGUGGAGCUGCUGAGGCUGCGGAGCCUGGAAGCCAAGGGCGUGACCGUGCGGACCCUCUCUGCGCAGGGCGAGUCUGUGGACUCUGCCAUCGCUGCCAUCCCCCCCGAUCUCCUGGUGCCUCCAGCCCCCCCGAGAACUCCCACACCGAAGCCAUUAGCAAGUGCCGGAGUCCCCGAUACCAAAGAUGACCGCCCUGGUCCCCACGUCAGAGUGGACGAGGCCUGGGAGCAGGGCCGAGUGCCUUCCCACGGGCACAUGCUGGAGCUGCCCGGCCUUCCUGGGAGGCGGUCACCCUCGCCCAGUCGGAUCCUCCCGCAGCCACAGGGGGCCCCUGUGUCCACCUCUGUCGCCAAGGCCAUGGCCCGGGAGGCUGCACAGAGAGUGGCUGAGAGCAGCAGGUUAGAGAAAAGGAGCGUGUUCCUGGACAGGAGCAGGCAAUACGCCAACUCGGAUGAGGAGGACGGCUACGAGUCCCCGGACGUCAAGAGGAGGGGCGCCUCGGUGGACGACUUUCUGAAAGGCUCCGAGCUUGGCAAGCCGCCACACUGUUGCCACGGAGACGAGUACCACACGGAGAGCAGCCGCGGCUCCGACCUCUCCGACAUCAUGGAGGAAGACGAGGAGGAGCUGUGCUCGGAGAUGCAGCUGGAGGGCGGGGGCCGCCGGCGGCCCAGCGGCACGACCCACGGCGCCCUCAAGAUUUUAGGAAACCCAGCGUCUGCAGGAGCAGGACGGGCCGAUCGUGGGGAUCGCGUGGGCCGGAGGUUUCCCCAGGGCGGCACUGGCCCUCAUCGGACCCGGCCGGGGGUGGUCCCGUCCAUCGAGGACCGCGCCGGCGGCGACCGGCUCUCCCCCGACUUCUACGAGGAGUCCGAGACCGACCCCGGCGCCGAGGAGCUCCCCGCGCGCAUCUUCGUCGCCCUGUUCGACUACGACCCGCUCAGCAUGUCCCCGAACCCCGACGCCGCGGAGGAGGAGCUGCCCUUCAAGGAGGGGCAGGUCAUCAAGGUUUACGGGGACAAGGACGCCGACGGCUUCUACCGCGGGGAGACGUGCGCGCGGCUCGGCCUCAUUCCCUGCAACAUGGUCUCCGAGAUCCACGCGGACGACGAGGAGCUGAUGGGCCAGCUGCUCCGACAGGGCUUCCUGCCGCUCAGCACGCCCGUGGAGAAAGUAGUAGAGAGGAGCAGAAGAGGGGGCCGGCAGCACGCGGUGUCCACGCGCAGGAUGGUGGCCUUGUACGACUACGACCCGAGGGAGAGCUCGCCCAACAUCGACGUGGAGGCUGAGCUCACCUUUUGCACGGGAGACAUCAUCUCUGUCUUCGGUGAAAUCGACGAGGACGGGUUUUACUAUGGGGAGCUCAAUGGGCAGAAAGGCCUCGUGCCUUCGAACUUCCUGGAAGAAGUGCCUGAUGAUGUGGAAGUCUAUCUGUCUGAUGCCCCGUCCCACCCUGUACAUGACACGCCGGCCCGCGCCAAGGCCAAACGGGUUCCUCCUGAGGGGUCAGGUACAGCAAGGAGAGCGCCAUCCCCCACAGCCCAUCUCCAUUCGGGGUCACCUGCGUCAUCUGUGGGUACUGGUAGUCCUGGGAGAGGCAGGGAAAUGUCCUCGAGAAAGAAAAAGGGGCUGCUUUUCAAAGGCAAGAGGCUGCUGAAAAAGCUGGGCGCCGUGAAGUGAGUCAGGAGCUGCGGACCACCUCCGACCUGCGAGUCUCACUCCAAACCAGGGCUCCCAUGACUCCAGCGCUCCCCAAACCCCGGCCCCACAGCAGAGACAGCUCUGCUCCUCCACCCACCAGAGCACCUGAGAGGGCCUGGCUGGCGCCUCCCUUGGCUCUGGCUCGGCCUAGGUGGCUCUCACUGCCUCAGGCCAGACGGGAGGCCCCACCCGACGGGCCAGGCCUGGCAGAUCCAGCCCACCCGGGACCCGUCUUUGUGCACUUGUCACCCGCCCCUAAAGGAGCAGUCCCCACCCUCCUCGCUCUUCAAAUGCUUGCCUCAUUCUGCGUAACUCAAUUUAACUCUGGUCUGAACUCCUAGCUGAACCGCCCUGAUGUUCUGCCUUAUUACCGCACAGUGGUUUGUACUGUCUAAUAAACUUCCUGUCCAUGCGUC